AUGUGGAAAAUUUUCACACGAGUUGUAAUUAAUUUACGACAAUUUCCUUUUCUAUCCAUCGUGUUGUCUUGUUGUGUGCCUUCGCAAAGUAUUAGACAAGUCGAAAGAGUAAAACAUGAUUCGAUUUUUUCAUCUAAAUCUUACGAAACUGUUCUCCUAGCGAGUUGUCUUGAAGUUUAA